CAUGAAAGGUACAAAAAUAAUUGCUCUUGGAUUAUCCUUUAAAAUAAGUAGUAUAAUUGUAAAAAUGUGUUAUUUUCAUAGCGCUAUUGAGAAUCCAUGCUGACAAACUAAUUUGAUUUGGUUGGAAAUGAACUUCUUACUGUUAGUGGUACUACAUGCAUAUCCAUAUUCAGUAGUUUAUAGUGAUAUUUCAAAUGAUAUAAAUAAUGACAUAAAUAAUGAAAUUAAUGAUAUAAAUAAUAAUAUAAAUAAUGAAAUUAAUGAUAUAAAUAAUGAUAUAAAUAAUGAUAUGGAUAAUAUUGCAAAUUUCAUAGAAGAUCCAGAUAUUAACCGAAAUGUUACUGAAUUGAUUACUUCCAAAGGGUAUCCAGUUGAGAAUCACUUUGCGUACACAGAAGACGGAUACGAGCUUUCUCUACAAAGAAUACCAUAUGGCAAAUUAAACAAGGAGACAGGGAAUCGAAAACCGGUUUUGCUACAGCACGGACUGAUGCAAUCUUCCGCAGACUGGGUGAUUAAUUAUCCUCACCAAAGUCUUGGUUUCUUACUGGCAGAUAAUGGUUACGAUGUAUGGCUGGGAAAUACAAGGGGCGGUGCCUAUUCGAGACAACAUCUUAACUUUCAAACAAACUCAAAAGAUUUUUGGGAUUUCAGCUUUGAUCAGAUGGCCGAAUAUGAUUUGCCAGCUAUGAUUGACUAUAUUCUCAAUACAACAAAAGAAGACAAUCUGGUAUAUAUUGGCCACUCUCAGGGGACCACCAUAGCUUUUGCUCUUCUGUCUGAAAGACCUCUUUACAAUGAAAAGAUAAAGUUGUUUGUGGCACUAGCACCAGAAGUAGAAGUUAGCCACGUGAAGUCUAUAGUUAGUUACCUCGUCCCUUAUUUUGAGUAUAUCGAAAGUAUCAUGAAUACAUUUGGGGUGUAUGAAUUCAUGUCAAACAAUCCAGCCCAGCAGUUCAUCACCCGGAACCUCUGCGCCUCGAAGUCUGCAUUCAUUUGCGAAAAUAUCAUGUAUAUGGUUUUUGGUAAAGAUAGUGAGCAAUAUAAUCAGACUAGAACACCAGUUUACGCUUCUCAUUUUCCAAACGGUGCUUCUAUGAAGAAUAUCGUGCAUUUUUCUCAAAUGGUAAAAUCAAAGAAAUUUCGGAAAUUUGAUUACGGAAAAGAAAACUGGAAGUAUUACAAUCAGAAAUUUGGAGGAAGAGUUGUGCGAGUUCUAGCGCGUGAGAACAGUAUAGUAAGCUUUGAUCAGAUGGCCGAAUAUGAUUUGCCAGCUAUGAUUGACUAUAUUCUCAAUACAACAAAAGAAGACAAUCUGGUAUAUAUUGGCCACUCUCAGGGGACCACCAUAGCUUUUGCUCUUCUGUCUGAAAGACCUCUUUACAAUGAAAAGAUAAAGUUGUUUGUGGCACUAGCACCAGAAGUAGAAGUUAGCCACGUGAAGUCUAUAGUUAGUUACCUCGUCCCUUAUUUUGAGUAUAUCGAAAGUAUCAUGAAUACAUUUGGGGUGUAUGAAUUCAUGUCAAACAAUCCAGCCCAGCAGUUCAUCACCCGGAACCUCUGCGCCUCGAAGUCUGCAUUCAUUUGCGAAAAUAUCAUGUACAUGGUUUUUGGUAAAGAUAGUGAGCAAUAUAAUCAGACAAGAACACCAGUUUACGCUGCUCAUUUCCCAAACGGUGCCUCUAUAAAGAAUGUCGUGCAUUUUUCUCAAAUGGUAAAAUCAAAGAAAUUUCGGAAGUUUGAUUACGGAAAAGAAAACUGGAAGUAUUACAAUCAGGACACCCCACCAGAAUAUAAUUUGUCAAAUGUGGUUACACCCACAGCAUUGUUCUGGGGAAUGAACGAUGCUUUAGCAGACACGGAGGACAUCAGUUUAUUAGAAAAGAGGUUAAAAUCACUCGUGUAUAGCUAUUGCGUACCUUGGAAGAAUUUCUCACAUUUUGAUUUUGUGCUAGCCAAAGAUGCCAAAAAACUUGUUUACGAUGAAAUAAUGUCUCUUAUAAAACAAUUCCAGAAUAAUAAAGCGCCGUUUAUAAACAAAUCUUUUGAACGGAAAGCAUGUCAAUAAAUUAUUAAAGUCUAGCUUCAUUUUUUUAGGGACUGUAAUAAAAAUCGGUUCUCUGAACAAAAAUAUUGAUUGAAAUCUCUAAUGAAACCCAUCAAGAGUGAUAAAGACUAAUAUUAGACACGAGCUUUUCGUCUCUUGCGUGUUUUUCUUUGAUGAUGUCAGUCAAGAAUAAUUCUUUGAAGCUCUCUAGUUAAACUGCUCAAGAUUAAUAAUCAAAGUCUCUAAUGAAAUAAUUCAAAAAUAAUAUCGAAACUCUCUAAAUAAUUCAAUAAUAAUGAAGUAGCGUUCGUAGAUGGGUCUUUUCAAUGAAACGCAUAUCUUUAAACCAUCAAUGUCUAGCGUUCCUUUUUAAGGAACAUUUCUCUAAUGAAAGAAUUCAAGAACAAUAUCUAAACUCUUUUAUGAAACAAUUUAAGAAUAAUAAUCAAAUUCUUUGAUGAAGCAAGUCAGGAAGGAAUGACAAUGAAAAUAUCUAAUAAAAUAAUUCAACAAUAAUAAAGUAACAUUGAUAAAUGGGUCUCUUCAACGGAAGGUAUAUCCGAAUAAUAACUAAACAAUUGAUGUCUAGCGUUUCUUUUCAAGGAACAGUUCUGUAAUGAAAGAAUUCAAGAAUAAUAUCUAUACUCCUUGAUGAAACAAUUUAAAAAUAAUAAUCAAAAUCUUUAAUGAAAGAAGUCAAGAAUAACAAUGAAAAUAAUAUUCAAUAAUUGUAAAAUAUAAUUUAUAGAUGUAUCUUUUCAACGGAAAGCAUAUCAUUAAAUCAUCAAUGUGUAGAUUUCCUUUUAAGAGACUGUUCUCUAAUGAAACAAUUCAAGAAUAAUAAUGUUCUGUGUGAUAAAACAAUUGAAGAAUAACAAUGAAAAUCUUAUAAACAAGUCAAGAGUAAUAUAAAAGAAUUUAUAAAUAGUUCUUUUCAAUGGAAGGCAUCUGAACACUAAUGUCUAGCAUCCCUUCCUUAGGAAAAGUUCCAAUAAUGCAACAAAAUUCAAUAAAAAUUAUUUUUAAUCCUAAAUUUUACAUAAAUUAUUUUUUAAAUAUUCAUGUUUUUGUCAUUUUGUACAUUGUAUACAUGUAUCGAAUUCCUGAUUGAUUGAGGUAAUUUUUAUAUUUUAUUUUUAAGCCUGAAUUAAAAAUACAUCAUUUUAGUAAAUAUGA